GCGCUCUGCAGCGCCGCCUCCGCCCUCCUCCAGGCCGUGGUCGCCGGCGCGGCGGCUUCGGUAGUGCUUGGUGUUGGCCGGUUGCCUGAGGAGCUGCUGGGAUUUCUACGCCUCGGUAUUGAGCAGGUUUGCCUGGUUCUGAUACUCUUCGCCGUAUAUGCUGUCAGUGCCUGGCACUUCUCUGCACGUGUCUGCGGGCGUCGGCGCCCAGGGUACUCCUCGGCAAGAGCGAAGCUACUGUGGGGUGAGACAGGCGGUCCGCCCAACUUCCCGCUGCCACGACGAAACUCCCGGGUCAGUGACAUUUUGCAGGCGGAGAAGCCGCUGCAUCCAGACGUGACGUCAGGCAGAAGCGGAGGCGCGGAUGCCGGCGCCAAGGCCACCAGAGGCGUGACUCGGGUCUACGUCGGGCUCGAGACCUUGGUCAGGAUCUGUUUGCUCUUCCACCUGGCC